CAAACUAUUCCAACUAACUACAUAUGUCCUUAUAUAAAUAUUUACUUCCACAUUUCACAUUUCACAUUUCCCAUGCAUUUUAAGCAUACACAAACUGAAGAAGCAAUCAAGCUAUAUACCUUAGCCUCUUUCUAAGUUUGUGGAUUUUUUACAAGCCCUAAACUAAGACUUGUAGAGAGAUUUGCAAACAAGUUAAAAAUGGCUGGUCAUGUUGAUGAUCAAGUUAGUUCUUUACCGAUAACACCACGGACGGUAACGAUAUCCCCAACAGCGUUUCAUCAUGACGAUCAAUUUGGUUCUUUACCCAUAACUCCACGGACGGCGUCUGUAGCACAAACGCCGACCCUAGCAUCAUUGCCAAUAACUCCACGGACGGCGUCCAUAGCACCAACGCCCUCCAUAGUAUCAUUACCUCCUUCACAGUUCCACUCACCAUCUCUUUCUCGAUCUCCGUUACUUCACACGGGAGACCAUGCAAGUGGUGCUGAAAAUCGAACCGUUAAAACUCCAAGGUCGCGCGGAUUAACGCCGCGUUUCAUCACUCCUUUGGGUAGUCCUCUUAGAAAGGCAAUUAAAAUGACCAGAUUAGACCCACAAGACGCGUGGCUCCCAAUCACUGAGUCCAGAAAUGGAAACGCAUACUACGCUGCGUUUCAUACUCUUUGUUCUGGGAUUGGUAUUCAAGCUCUUGUUCUUCCUGUUUCCUUUACCAUACUUGGCUGGACUUGGGGUAUUAUUAGCUUAACGAUAGCAUUUGUAUGGCAGCUUUACACUCUUUAUUUAAUGGUUCAACUUCAUGAGAAUUAUGAAACAGGAUUACGUUACAGUAGAUACUUGCAACUGGCAUGCGCAACUUUUGGUGAGAAAUUAGGGAAACUAGUUGCAGCGUUUCCAAUCGGGUAUCUGUCAGCGGGUACAUGCUGUGCGCUGAUUAUUAUAGGUGGUUCAUCAGCAAAGCUAUUAUAUCAGACUUUAUGCGGAGCAACAUGUAGUAAUCCCAAGCCAUUAACAAAUGUGGAAUGGUACUUGGUGUUUACUUGUGCAGCAGUGGUCCUAGCUCAGCUGCCAAAUUUGAAUUCUAUAGCUGGAAUUUCUCUAGUUGGUGCUCUUACAGCUGUUGGAUAUUGUACAGCACUAUGGGCAGUUUCAGUUGCUGAGGGUAGGCUACCUAAUGUGUCUUAUGAUCCAGUGAGGAAGGGAAGUCAAGUUGCUAGGAUAUUUGAUCUUCUUAAUGCUCUUGGUAUUAUUGCUUUUGCUUUCAGAGGCCACAAUCUCAUACUUGAAAUUCAGGCCACAAUGCCUUCAAGUGAGAAGCACCCAUCGCGAGUGCCCAUGUGGAAGGGUGUGCAAUGGUCAUAUCUACUCAUAGCAAUGUGCUUAUUCCCUCUAGCAAUUGGUGGUUACUGGGCUUACGGUCAUUUGAUUCCAGCAAAUGGGAGCAUGUUAACGGCAUUAUUCGCAUUCCACAGCCAAGACGUUUCACGAUCCGUGUUAGCUUUGAUAUGUAUUUUUGUGAUUAUAAACGCGGUGAGCUCAUUCCAAAUCUAUGGGAUGCCAAUGUUCGAUGAUAUGGAAUCAGCUUACACAACAAGGAGCAAAAAAGCUUGCCCAUGGUGGCUCCGUGCCAUAUUCAGGGCAAUUUUCGGGUUCGUGUGCUUCUUCAUUGCCGUGGCAAUUCCAUUUUUGGCUAGCUUUACUGGGCUUAUUGGAGGAAUUGCUCUGCCCGUUACAUUUGCUCAUCCAUGUUUCAUGUGGCUUAAAGUCAAGAAGCCCAAAAAGUACUCUCUAAGUUGGUGGAUAAAUUGGGGACUUGGACUAUUGGGAAUGGGCUUAAGUGGGAUUAUGAUUGCUGCUGGUUUGUAUGUUGUCAUUGACACUGGUGUUAAAAUUAGCUUCUUCAAUCCUCAGUGAGUAGUUUUCAACAGCAAAAAGUGUGGAGAAAACAUAUAUAUUGGCCUACUUGGAAAUUUAAUACUAAAAAAGGUUGGUGAGGGUUGGUUUGAACAAGAAUUUAAUUUGGUAGAUUUUUUUUUUUUUUUUUUAUUUCUUUGUAGUUCUUUCUGGAUAUUCAAAGGAAUAAAUUGGUAGAGUUUCUUGAUUCAA